UGGCGGGGCUCACGGCGACUGACAGCCGGAUUGCACGUUCCCCAUGAAAACACACGCUGCCAACGAGGCCUCACGGCCGAGCACCCCUGUCGGCGGCUGGACCAGCUGAGGGUUCGUGCGGGACGGGACGCUCUAAGCAUUAGCAGAUGCUGCAGAGGGGACGGCGACGCGACCAAAGGACGGGUUCAGAGCGACCGCCAGUCCCGCCAGGACAGCCCCAGCCCCACAGCCUCCGCCCCUCCUCCCCGGGUCGGAGCGGAGAGUCCUCCCUCCAGGAGCUCCGUGCACACGCGGGCGGCCCGCGGGCUUUGUGUGACUCGCGGGCAGAGUGUGGAGAGGCUGGGCGAGCCCAGGGGACUCUCGGGCAGACUCUGUGGACAGCGCUGCCGUGGCCGACGCCCCGCUGAUGACACGGCACAUUCCUCUGCGGACGAAGCCACAGGAAUGCGGGCGCGGAGUCGCGGCUGCUUGAUGUGCGUUUUACUAGCAACCCGGGAGCUGUUUGUGCAGAUCAGUGGCUGCUGUCCAGCUGGCGUGCCCACCCCGGCCCGGGGUAUAAAAGGCCCUGCGCCGCCACCAGCCUCAUCCCACCGGCACCCGCUCUCCGCCGUCCACGUCCACCGGACCUGCUCUCGCCACCAUGACGCGCUUCUUCUGCUGCGGCAGCUACUUCCCCGGCUACCCCUGCUACGGCACCAACUGGCACGGGACCUACCGCGCCACCCCCCUGAACUGCGUGGUGCCCCUGGGCUCGCCCCUCAACUACGGGCAGGGCUGCACCGGCUACGGCUCCCUGGGCUACAGCUUCGGCGGCAGCAACUUCGGGAACCUGGGCUGCGGCUACGGCGGCAGCUGCUGGCGGCCCUGGGGCUCCGGCUCCGGCUUCGGCUACAGCACCUACUGAGGCCCAGGGCCGGGGGCACCCCGGACGCCCUGGGACACCCCGGGACACAGAGCCCCCCGCAGAGCAACGCCUGUCCCGCCUGUGGACGUGCUGACCACGCCGAGGUCUGGUCUCCGAGGAGGCUGAGCCACAGCCACAGGCGCUGGACUGGUCCCUGCAGCUGAGGCCGCCGGGCGCCCUCCCGGCCGGGACCGGGGCAGGGAAGUGCGGGCUUGGCUCUUGGGUGACUUCCCCGGUGUCCCUGCUGGCACCCGGGCGGGUAGGAGGGUUGCGCUGUCGUCUCUAAUAAACCUCACUCUUUCCGCAUGA